GCUGGAGGAAAGAGAAGCAGCAAGAAGCAGCCAAGAGUUGGAGCCAGAACAGGAGAAGCCCGAGCCAGAGUUGGAGUCAAAGUUGCUCUUGGUAAAGCAGCAGCAACUAAAGAAGUUGAAAGAUGCUGGUUUUCUUGGGACUGCUCACCUCCUUCCUUUCUUUCCUGUAUGUGACAGCUCCAUCCAUCAGGAAGUUCUUUGCUGGUGGGGUCUGUGGAACAAAUGUGCAGCUUCCCGGGAAGGUGGUGGUGAUCACCGGUGCCAACACAGGCAUCGGCAAGGAGACAGCCAGAGAGCUUGCUCGCAGAGGAGCCCGAGUAUACAUUGCCUGCCGAGAUGUACUGAAGGGGGAGUCUGCUGCCAGUGAAAUCCGAGCUGAUACAAAGAACUCCCAGGUGCUGGUACGGAAACUGGACCUAUCUGAUACCAAAUCCAUCCGAGCCUUUGCUGAGGGCUUCCGGACAGAGGAAAAGCAGCUUCAUAUUCUGAUCAACAAUGCAGGAGUGAUGAUGUGCCCAUAUUCCAAGACAGCUGAUGGCUUUGAAACCCACCUGGGAGUCAACCACCUGGGCCACUUCCUUCUCACCCACUUGCUCCUGGGGCAGCUGAAGGAGUCCGCUCCCGCACGGGUGGUGAACCUGUCAUCAGUGGUCCACCACGCUGGCAAGAUUCGCUUCCAUGACCUCCAGGGUGAGAAGUCCUACAACCGGGGUUUUGCUUAUUGCCACAGCAAGCUGGCCAAUGUGCUCUUUACUCGUGAGCUGGCCAAGAGGCUCCAAGGCACGGGGGUCACCACCUACGCAGUGCACCCAGGCAUCGUCCGCUCCGAACUGGUCCGACACUCCUUCCUGCUGUGCCUGCUCUGGCAGCUCUUCUCCCCCUUCCUCAAGACGACGAGGGAGGGGGCCCAGACCAGCCUGCACUGCGCCCUGGCUGAGGGCUUGGAGCCCCUGAGCGGCAAGUACUUCAGUGACUGCAAGAAGACUUGGGUGUCUCCAAGGGCCCGGAAUAACAAAACGGCUGAGCGCUUGUGGAACGUCAGCUGCGAGCUGCUGGGAAUCCAGUGGGGGUAGAGCUGGUGGAAUAGGCACAGCUGUAUCAGGCCCAGUCCACGCCAUAAGGAAAGGGGACCGAGGAGAAGGCCCACCCUGCAGGAUUGUCCUGGCUGGCUGCUGUUGCGAAUCCUGCCCUGCUCUGAUACUCCUGACCCUUCUAGAAAUCUUCGCACACCCAACCCUCUCGUGAGGCUGGCUCAUGGCACGAGACAGUCACACCUACAGAGUAUUCUUCUCCAAGACUUGCAGCGUCGGCCACCCUCUCGGGCCAGGAGGACUGGGCAGAUGCCAGGCUGGGCACGGGGAUGGCAGAAGAACCUGGGAAAUGGGUCAAUUUCCUUACCGAGACCAGCUAGCACGCUCAGCUGAGGUGACAGGAGCAUCAGCGUCACUUCUCUCCAGGGGCCAUAGACUCAAAAACUCUUGACGGAUCUCUUUCCUCUUUGAAACAUUAAUCUGGAGUCUGGACCAACUCAGGAAAAUCUUGGCUCAACCUUGGUCGAUUUUAGUUCCUUCCUCUGAGCAUCCUGGAGCAACGAUGUAAAGCUGGACCUUCCUGUUUUCUUUUUCCAGUACUUUUUAAAAAAUUAAAAACAGAUAUUUUCAACUUUACUGAGAUAUAAUUAACAUAUU